CCUCCUUCUCCAUCGGAAGCCCGAGCAGAGCUCUGCGGCUGGGGAGGGUCCUCCUGUCCCGGGUGCAGCCGCACCUCCCGCACCCAGCAGCGCGUCCGCUUCUUCCUUAGGCUUCCCUGUCGCGAUCCUUGCGCACAAGACAGACGAGCGUUCCAAGAUGCCAUCCUGGAGACACUGAGCCGCGCCCGGACUCUUCCAAGCGUUGUCCUCGAGGUUGAACAAACGGACACCCAUCUCUGUCUGACGGCGACCGCCCCUCGCCCGCCCCCCCAGAUCCCCGGUGACUCUGAUUUCUUUAUGCCUUUUCGCCUCCAUCCCUUCGCCCGUCGUUGGUCCGGGGAGCCGCAGCGACGUCCGUCCCGCACGCAGCCAGCCAGCCCCCAAGCCAGUCCUUCGGGAAAGAAGCCGCCGGCCUUUGGGGAGGAGGGGAGAUGAUCAUGCUGAGUUGGAGCCGGGUCUCCUGCCGCCCUCUCCUCUUCCUGGCCGCGGUGCUGCUCGUGGAGAGCUCCCAGCUCGACGGCACCAAGGUGAACUCCAUCAAGUCCACCCUGAUGGGCGAGACGCCGACCCAGGCCACCAACAGGUCGACCACCUUCCACCAAGGACUGGCCCCCGGGAGCAGCAAGAAGAGCAAGAUCUUGGGCCAAGGGGGCAAAGGGCUGAAGCAUUAUCACCGGCAAGGCGAGGCUUACCCUUGCACCAACGACAAGGAAUGUGAAGUUGGGAAAUACUGCCAUAGUCCCCAUCAAGCGACAUCGGCCUGCAUGAUUUGUAGGAGGAAAAAGAGACGUUGCCACAGAGAUGGGAUGUGCUGCCCUGGAAACCGUUGCAACAAUGGUAUCUGUAUACCAGUGACCGAGAGUAUUCUCACACCUCACAUCCCGGCCUUGGAAGUGCCUCGGAAUAAGAAAAAUAAUCACUAUCCCACCAAAGACUUGGGCUGGCAGAAUCUAGGGAAAGGGCAGACCAAGCCGACACACAUGAAAGGUCACGAAGGAGAUCCCUGCUUAAGAUCUUCUGACUGCAGUGAGGGCUUUUGCUGUGCUCGCCACUUCUGGACAAAAAUUUGUAAACCUGUGUUGCAUCAAGGAGAGGUGUGCACCAAACAGCGCAAGAAAGGGUCCCAUGGUUUGGAGAUUUUCCAGCGUUGUGACUGUGCCAAAGGGCUAUCCUGCAAAAUCUGGAAGGAUGCCACCUAUUCCUCAAAAGCAAGACUUCAUGUGUGCCAGAAAAUCUGAUGGUGAUUCUGGAGACUCUUGUUAUCAGACCAUGAAGAAUCUGUUUGCUGUAGAUACUACAGCAUGGUGGAACUCAAGGACUGUAAAUAAGGACUAAAAGGCUCAAGUAGCCAUAGUGACAGGAUGAUGUACCAUCAUCCCAAAGUGAAUUAUAUUUCUGCCCUGGAAAUGAAGACAAUGACAGCUGAGCUUUCUCCAUGAUGUGAUGCUGUUCUGUCAGUGGUGCCAAAUGUUUGCAGAAAGACCCUGAUUGACCAAUGGCCUUGUGACUUCUUCACAUCAUUUGUGGUUACAUUCCCCUAUGGUGAUUGUGAAGUAAUGAUACAGACCAUAUUUACAACACGAAGCAGAGUUUUGCCGAAGGAUAGUUCUAGCUACACAUUCUUGGAUGCAGAAUGAAAAACAUCCCAGGCAAAGCUCUUUGAAGUAAAGUGGAAAGUAUUACUGAACACCUCGUUACUGGUUAACUCUAACCUUUAGUGAUACAAGGCUGACACUUCAAUGAGAAAUGUUCUUCUGCUGAGCAAGUGUGCCACAUCUUUCAGGCUGCAGUGCAGAGGGAAGCUCUCCAGGGCAAAGUGAUUUCCCUCCACCAAGAUGGCUUUUACCUGGAAUGGAAGCACUUAAGCAGGAAUUGUGAUCUAAUUGAAUCUUCAGCCACCAUUUCCAAUAUCUUCUUUUGGUUACCAUUUACUACUAGCAUUUGUGGGGGCUAAGAGCUAAAGCAAACUGUCAAUGGAUACAUCGUAAGGAACAGUCUGCUUCACUGAUGGCUGUAAAUAUCUGGGGUAAUGAGGGUUGUACUGUGAAGGCUUUUUCAGAUUUACAUCUAGAGGAGCAUCCCAAUUCCAUUGACUCUGUACAUCUUGGUUGCAGAUAUUAGUACAGAUUUACUAUCAUUUGGAGGGAGAUACUGAAAUAGAGGCACUGUAAGAUGGCAGUGGGGGGAAAAAAGGAAGCACCGAAAGGAACUUAGAGAUGUCCUAGUAAAUGACACCACAAGAUGAAAUAAAGCCACUCAGACUACACAUCCUUAUCUCAUGUACAUUUUAGGAAUAUGGAUAACUCACCUGCUCCUGAUUCCCAUAAAUUGUCAUAGAUAACAAUGCUCACUUUCAUCACAACCAUAUUAAUGGAGGGACAAAAAUAAAUGACGAUUUCUCUUAUCUUUUCCCCCCUCUUCGCAGCAUGCCUGCAUUUUCUCUUUCUAUACUUGCUUGCUCAUUUUCCAAAUGUGUUAUUUGUGUUAUACGGAAAGAUAGAAUGAGUGGCUGAUGGACAGAAUGGUGAUUUUGUUUGUUUUAUUUUUAUGCCUCUCUCUGGGACUGUGAGUUUUACCUGCCACAAUGUGCCAUAUGCAAUCACAGAGCCCACAAGAAAAUCAAAACUUUGAUAGCAAUGUAAAAAAAAAUGUGUGUGAUAGCUAGCAAGCUUGUCACAAUCCAUAUUUUCUUGGCCUUCUGAAGACAUGAGAGUGUGUCCUGAAAAAACUAUGACCUAUUUGCGAUUCAUAUCUAUAAAUCAAAACCACCCAGUCAAUAUAGGUCUUGUCCAUCACUUCUCUAUUUCUUCUUCAGAAACAAGCUCAGCAGUGUUGAUAUUAGGGGGAUUAAGGAGAAUGUUCAUUCAAUUACUAAACAAGAAGGUAAGACAAUGCUAAAGAUUAUUUAGAAGCACAUGUAUGCACUACAGGUUUUGCACCAUUGUGGCUUCUUUCCAAAGAAGAUGGGGCACAGCAGUUUACCAAGAGAGCAGAGAAUUCUCUUAAGUCUGCAUUUUAGUCUUUGAUGUAAUGGAAAUGGAAUGGUUUUAGAGUUUAAUGACUACACAUCCACCCCUUUGAUCUCAGCUGAGAUUCUGUAUGUGCUAUAAAUUUGGGGGAGUAUCACAUGAAUAUUUGUGCUAUAAAGCUUGGGUGGAUUUUUUUUUCAAGUGAAAAGCUGCCAUGGUAGGUAGCAUAGUAUCACUGAGAUAAGGGUGGCUAUAUAUUUUCUUGUUAGUCAUUUUUCAGUUCAAAAUAGUCUCAGUCUGGUGUUUCCUCCUCACAGGGUUCCAGAAGUAUGUUUACCUUAUAAACAUGUAGGUGGAGUCAAACAAGAUGAUAUGUUUAUCAUGUUUUUAGAAGAGCUGCUCUUUCAAGUGGUGAAAUACAUCUGCUUGUCAUAAUAUGUGGAUUCAGCAAGUUGUUUUGUUUUCUUAUUGGUUACAGGAAGGAUAACAAGGGCUUCAUUUGCCAGUUUGCUAUGUAUAUGUUAGGGAAUCUUGUUGUGGGAAAGCAAAUAGGAUAAUUACAGGUAACGUGCAUUUCCCUUAAUUUCUUCUUUGUCUCUGGAAUUCCAUGGCAGACAUUAAAAUGGUUUCAAUUUUGAAUGAAAUAAUUUUGAAUGGGUAAACAAUGCUGAGGUGAGAAUUAACUGCUCUCUGAACAAACACAUGCCCCAAUAUUCACAUCCCUCUACUUUACAUUUCAGCUUCCUAGUGCUACUUUACAGUUAAAACAAAAUGAAACAAACCUUCAGUUCUUGGGUCUUAAUCCAUUGUGUGCAAUGUUCCCCCCUCCCCCAGAACAAUCACAUGAGGGCAGGAGCAAACCAGGAACUUUAAUUUUUUUUAAGGUCCGAAGCAUCUGGUCUGAGUUCUCAUUUUUCUAAAUAAUAAUAAGACUACAUAGAGGAUCAAUGUAAACUUCAAGAAACAAGGCUUUAAUUCUGACUCUCAUUGGGACUUUUUUCAAAGAGUGACCCAGAGAGAUGUACUGAGUGCGCUUUAGCAGAAUGAUAACAGAACUAAUGCUAAAAAUUUACAUCAUUUUCAAUGAUGAAUGUCUGCAUUUAAAACCACUCUCUCUUUAAACAGAUACAUGCACAUAUCUAAAAUCCUUUUGCCUCUGUGAGACAGAAGGAAUCUAUAUCCCCUUUAGCACAGCUGGUGGUUACAGUGUAAAGUUCCCUUUCGUUUAAAUGUUAUCAGAUGGCUUCUGCAUGUCCUUCCCUUUUUUCAUGCCAAAUCUAGUAUUUGAAAUAAUUUAUUUACAGGAAGUGUUUAAUAAGAUGUAUUUUCUUAUAGAAGAUAUUUCAUACAGAAAGCUUUGUAGCAAACUAUACUUGCCAACAUGUUGACAUUGUAAUUUAGAAAGAAAUGUAUAAUAAGAUGAAAUAUAUUAAAAUGCCCAU